AUGUGCAUCAACCUCCCUCACUAUAGCAAAACGACACGUAAAAAGUCAGAGCAGUCGGACACUUACCAAAAGGGAAAUAAGGUAUCCGAUGCCGUGCCGAAUGACAUGCAGACGGGAGCUGCCGCACACAUGCCGGCGCCCGGCACCGAGUACCGAAUCUCCGCUUAUUCCGGUGCUACCGUCCGGAACCUUAUCCAACGACACGGACUUGGCGGACUUUGGCGAUACCUAUGUAUCUCCAAAUGCUUCUUCUUUUACCGACAACUGGGUGCGACGGUUGGGUUGGCCAUGAACUCGCUUGUGUUUCGACGAGUUCUCGCCGCCGACCUUGCUCAGCGUGUUGGAGAAGUGCCGGACCUGGAGCUAGGCGUGGAGGAAAUUGUUGAGCGGGUGCUGGAAUCAUUCGAUUACUUGAAGCAACCGCCAGAUGAGGUGGUUACGAUGGUAGAAGAAGGAUACAAUUCAGAGUGUGGGGAGGCGUUAUGGAACUGGAUGAGUUUGGGAAUUUGCGUCAUUGAUGAGAGAGAAGAGGAGAACAUGAGGUUGGUGGUGGAAGAGUCAGGAGGGGAUAUGCGACGCUGCCCAAGCUGGUCUGUUAGUGUAUUUGAUCACGGUGUUAGUAGAGCUAGACUCCAGACAGGCCAUGAAUGGAGGCAAAGAAGGAAAGCAAACGCAGCUGUGCAUGUUAGAGGCAAUAGAACUCAAUCUAACAUCUCCUAA